AUGACCCAAGUCGAACUCAACCAGUCCCUCUUCGCCGAGGCAAAAGACAAAACAGUCCUAAUAACCGGCGCAGCACGCGGCAUCGGUGCGGCAACAGCAACGCUCUUCAACGCAAAAGGUGCAAACGUCGUCUUAGCAGAUCUAUCCCAAUUCCGCACAGAAGCAGAAGAAGUAAUCAGAACACAACUGGCCCGCCCAGACCGAGCGGCCUUUCUUCCUGCUAAUAUCGUUGACUGGACUGAAUUGACGGAAUGUUUCGAGAAGACAAUUGCCCGCUUUGGCGAGCUUGAUAUUGUCGUUGCUAAUGCUGGAAUUAUGGAAUCUAGACCUGUUCUAGAUUUGGACGCUGUUGAUGGGAAUGGAAGGCUUCUCGAGAGUGAGGAGGCUGGGAGGGUUAUUGAUAUUAAUCUGAAGGGGACUUUGAAUACACUUCGACUGGGACUACACUAUAUGAAAGCACCCACGCCUACAGAUACUGCGGCUGAGCCAUCACCCCAACCCCGAAAAUCAAUCCUCCUCGUCGCAUCAACGUCAAGCUACUUCGGCGGGACAGGAGUAACAGCCUACAUAGCCUCCAAACAUGGCGUUCUAGGUCUUCUACGCGCAUGUCAACCAACAGCACAGAGGUACGGAGUACGAGUCAAUGCAAUCGCGCCAUUCUUUACGCCGACCUAUAUCACUGCCGGUUUUGCGCAGAGAUGGGAUGAGGUGGGCUUGGAGAAGAAUACUCCUGAUCGAGUUGCUGAGGCUAUUGCGCUUGUUGCGUUGGAUGGGGAGAGGUGGGGGGAUUGUGUUAUGGUCGCUGGUAGGUAUUUGCGAGAGCUCGAAGGCGCAAGGACGAAGUUAUUUCCUAAAUGGCUUGGGGAAGAUGUUGCUGAGUUUUUGGGUCGGGCUAUGCGGUUUUUCGUGAGUAUUGGGGGCUAUGUCUUGCCCUCAAAGUAUUAG